CAUUCUCCCUUUUUAUAGGCAGCUCUCAUGUUUCUCCAUACAUGACCAACUGCUUUUCACCCCACCCAAAACAAUCAAACUCACAAAUUUUCAUACUCAUAAUAAUACCAAAACAAACAAAACCAACAAUAUUUGGCCCCUUCAAUCUCUUACAUCCCAUUUCAGAUGUCCCCCAUGGUAAAUCCUCCGGCCACCGCCCUCCUCCUCCUUGUGGCGUUCCUACACCCGUUCGCCGCCCCCACGACGGAGGCGUUCAUCCGGCAUGCCAUCCCAAGGGAUCAGCUCAGGAGGAGGAAUCCGGCGAAGGCGGCCGCCGAGCCUCACCACCGCGACCACCACCACCACCUCCUCCCCAGCCUCCACAUUCCCCUGCCGGAGCCCCCCUUCGUCCCCCUCUACAACUGGGCCCAGCACGAGUUCGUCGCGGCCCACAACGACCUCCGCGCCACGGUCGGGUCCCCGCCCCUGGCGUGGGACCCGACCCUGACCAAGUUCGCCCACGACUACGCCAUGAAGCGGAGGCGCGACUGCGACUACCGCAUCCACUCCGGUGGGCCCUACGGGGAGAACCUGUUCUGGCAGCUGUACAAGGAAUCGAGCCCCCGGGACGUGGUGGCGUCGUGGUUCGACGAGCGGCGGUUCUACGACCACCAGCACCACCGGUGCACGUGCCAGCCGGAGCGUGAAGGGUGCGAGUGUGGGCACUAUACGAAUGUGAUCUGGCGCAGUACCGAGAAAGUCGGGUGUAGCGGUUACGUUUACUGCGACGGACAGAAGGGCAUUCUCGUCGUUUGCUCCUAUCAUCCCAAGGGUAAUAUCCUUGGUAAAAAUCCCCUGUUAAUACCCUCCUAAUCCAUAUUUUAUCAUUAAUUAUGUAUGGAGUAUUUUAAAUUUGUAUGGAAAUUUGUAUUCAAAUAAAUACACUUUUCAUGUGAGAAUGAAGAUUUAAGUCAAAU